CCAGUUAGCAUUAUAGACCUAUAUUAGCUUCAAGGCUUGACUAAGAGGUGUUUGUCUCAUGUGAAUAAAUGCCAGAGCAAUACAGAGAGAGAGAGAGAGCGAGAGCUCGUUUUGGCGUUUGUUUGAAACUUUAGCUAAUGACAGCGAGCAGGGCGGACUCGGUUCCUCUUUGAUUCUCUGCUCAUACAAACGUUACUUCUGUAUUUCAGGAGUUUCUUUUGGGCAACGACCUUCAUUUUUUGCUGCGAGCGUCACUCAACUUUUUUCCAAUGAGAGCGAGCCGCAGCUUGUGUGGAGUUCACCAUCCCCUCAUCAUCAUCAUUACAGGAAACAGCAGAGGAAGAAGCGGACAAUUUAACGGCCUUUAAGACCAGGAGACUGUGGAUUAUUGUUCCGCAGAGGAAUACCCUAUAGUGCUUUUCGUUUCUUUUAUUUACUUUAUUUGUUUCAGACUCUUUUAACUGGAGGAAGUCAUGACUUCAGUGUGGAAGAGACUACAACGAGUUGGUAAAAAGGCGUCAAAGUUUCAGUUCGUUGCCUCUUAUCAGGAACUCGUGUUGGAGUGUACCAAGAAAUGGCAACCAGAUAAGCUAAGGGUGGUGUGGACCAGGAGGAACAGACGUAUGUGCUCCAAGCUCCACAGCUGGCAGCCUGGAAUCAAAAACCCAUACAGAGGCAUGGUGGUGUGGCCCGUCCCUGAGAACAUCGACAUCUCCGUUACGCUUUUCAAGGAGGUCAAUGCAGAUGAGUUUGAGGACAAAGAGUGGACCUUCGUCAUUGAGGGGGAAAAUAAGGGCCAUCGUAAGGUACUUGCAUCUGCAGACAUCAACCUGAAACGGUAUGCGAGCCCAACGCCAACACAGACUGACCUGGAGCUGAAGCUGAAGCCGCUGUCCGUCAAAGUGGUUGAGGCUUCACUCAAGCUGUCUCUUUCCUGUGUGUUUGUUCGUGAGGGCAAGGCCACUGAUGAAGACAUGCAGAGUCUUGCCAGCCUGAUGAGCGUCAAACCAACAGAUAUCGGCAACUUGGACGACUUCAACGAGAGCGAUGAAGAGGAGGACAAAAAGUCUGUCACUGCUGCAGUAGUUCCUCACACUCUCGUUCGUCCAAAUCGACCCGCUCCUCCUCCUCCUGACAAGAGGAGCUCCAUAGGAGCUACUUUAUCAGCCUCAGCCUGUGGAGGUGAUGGUGCUCCUGCUCUCCACUCUCGUCCCCCUCUCCCCAUUGCUCCUCGUCCCUCACCCCGCCGCAGCAGACACUCCUUCGCCACCACUCCUGCCCAAACAGAGAUCCAACCCUCCCCUGGCCCCUCUCCUCAGCCUUCACCUAGAUCCAAGCAUAAAAAAUCUGCCCAGAUCUCUCUGCCUGACGCUCCUCCUUCCUCUGAGCCACUUCCUCAUCCUCCAAGCGCUGAGGUCACAGCAGAUACUCCCUCCUCUGUCCAGCCUCCCUCUGAUGUUGCUCCUAUAAAUCCUCCAUCCCCCAAAUCCUCCAAGACUUCUUCUCCCCAAAAUGUUUCAUCUUCCUUUGAUCUAUCAUUUCCAAAAUCUGAAUCUGUGAUUACUUAUUUCGCAACGCCCUCCGUUCCUGAUACUACAUCCUCUUCUCAACUCUCCUCUGAAACCACCCUCACCUCAUCUCCUCUCAAACCCUCUUCUCCUUCAUCAUCAUCACUGGAGAAUAUCAUAGCACCAUCCACCACAUCUCCCCAGAAGGCCUCUCUCACUGUAACCACUUCUGUGAUCAAUAAGACCAUCCUCACUGCCCCUCAGCCUCCCCCAUCCAAACCCACCCUCACCUCUGAGCCUCCAUCAGCCCCCCCUCAACUCACCCGGACCCUCUCUCAGCCCCCGUCUCUGCCCAAAAUCUUCCAGUCAGGCUCAGGAAAAGUUCCUGUUUCUCUUCAGCGACGCCCACCAGAGGUUCAGGUUGCAGAUGAUCUUAUAUCAGUUUCUGGCCGUCCUCACAUGUUCAGGCCUCAGAUUGUCAAGUCAAUUGCUCGCCCUUCCUCCCCCUCUCCUUUUUCCCCUGAUGCUCCUCCUCUUGCAUCAGCCCCUCCUCUUCCUAAAUCUCACCCAUCCAUCUCAGAGCCAGGUGUUCAGGGGGUGUGGCUAACAUCUAGUGACAUCACACCUGUCCCUCUGUUGAGCAGCCCUGACCUGGAUGCCCUCUGUGACCCUGUGACUCCAGUCCUGUCUGCCUCUCUCCCACUCUCCUCAUCCUCUUGUUCUUCCUCUGCUCCCUCUACCACCAUUUUAUUCUCCUCUCCUCAUGCGCAGCUCUCCGUUUCUCCUUCUGCUCUCCCUGCUCAGAUCAGCACCUGUCGGUCAGGUCCAAAGUUCCCUCUCAUCCAAGAAGACAAUGAAACACCACUGAGCCAAGACGAGACGUCUCCUCCAAUUAACCAGGCACCAGGAAAUCUCACAACAUCCAACAACCCUGCCAGACCAGCUCAGGACUCAAAGGCAGCCAUCACAGAAAACAAAGCAGAACCUGCAAAAACCAGCCCAAACAGGGAAGAUUCUACUGAUGUGGACUCCCCCAAAAGGCAGCAGCACCAUGCAACAGCAAUAAAAGACUCAGAAACACAUGAGAUAGUCUCACCUCCUGCUCAGCCUCAUGCUCCAUCAGCUAAAGAAGAGCCCAAAGAGCCUGAGGGACCCAGCUGGGAUCCACCAACCUCAACUGAGGUUUCCCCCAAACCAGAGCAAGAUCGUAAAGCUUUAGCGCUGGAGCCUCUCCUUCCUUCAAAGCCAGAGCCAGGGCCACAGCCGGAACAAAUCCUCCACACGACAGGAAAACCACAAAAGGAUGGAGACAAUGCGGAGAAAUUGGACCAUGUUGUGGCCAGUGGUCAGGAGAGUUUGGUUGCCCAAAAAGAGGCAGAAUAUGAGGCAGAGAAGCAGCUGUGGGCAACAGUGGAGGAGACUACAGCGGAGACAGAAGGGAUGGAAAGUAGUGAAAGCAUUGAAGAGAAGGAGGAGAAGCAGGAGGAGGAGGGUGGUGUAACAGGGGGGCUAAAGGGCCAACAAGCUGACCUCUCUGUAGGAAAGAAAACAUCACAUCUUGAGGACAUGAAGGCAACUCGACUUCCUACAUUAGUAGAAGAAGAAACACCUGAUGUGAAGUCUCCUGAUCCUGUCCCGACAGUCAGGGAGGAGGCUGAUGGGAAGGAUGAUGUUGCAGAGAGUCUGGUGAACUCCAGUCAGUCACUGCUCCAGUGGUGUCAGAACAUCACCAAUGGCUACCGGGGGGUAAAAGUCACAAACUUCAGCACUUCCUGGAGGAAUGGACUUGCUUUCUGUGCCCUUCUGCACCAUUUCCAUCCAGACAAAAUAGAUUUUGACAAACUGGAUUCUCAUGACAUCAAGCUCAACAACAAGAAGGCGUUCGAUGGUUUCGAAGCCCUGGGAAUCUCUCGACUGUUGGAGCCGUCAGACAUGGUUCUUCUGUCGGUCCCCGACAGGCUCAUUGUCAUGACCUACCUCAGCCAGAUCCGCUCACACUUCACAAACCAGGAGCUGAGCGUGCUGCAGAUAGAACACAACAGCAGCCAGUCCAGCUAUGGUCUCACUCCCACUGGUCCUGGUCCCACUACGGUGGACGCAGCUGCUUUCUGCAUGUCCAGACUGAAUGAGGGAGUGAGCCUGGAGGAGGGAGGAAGCAGCACACUUGUUGUUCCUCCACCGAGGACCAAGCGACUGCUUAAAGUGGAUGAGUCAAUAACCCCGGUCCCUCCACCAAGGUCAAUGAACAAAGCAGUCAAACCUGGACAGGCCAAGUUUGAUGUCUUUCCUGUCCAGGAUGAAGACUUGAUGGCUCACUCUGCAACAGAAACCACUAAUAAAACAGAGUUGCAAAGUGCAGCGGACACACUGCCUCCCAAACAAGAGGAGGAGCCGAUGUGUCUGCAGGACACCAGUCAGUACGUACUGAGUGAGCUGGCAGCCUUAGAGACGGAGCAGAAGCACAUCGACAGCCGAGCUGCUGUGGUGGAGAGACGACUGCGAAGCCUCAUGGAAACAGGCAGUGACCGUGAUGAAGAAGAGAGGCUGAUCCAGGAGUGGUUUACUCUGGUGAACAAGAAGAACGCUCUGAUCCGUAGACAGGACCACCUGGAGCUGCUGCAAGAAGAGCAGGAUCUAGAGAGGAGAUUUGAGCUUCUGACUAGAGAGCUUCGGGUCAUGAUGGCUAUCGAAGACUGGCAGAAGUCAUCCACUCAGCAGCAGAGGGAGCAGCUGCUCCUCCAGGAGCUCGUUUCUCUGGUUAACCAACGGGACGAGAUCAUCAGAGACAUCGAUGCUAAGGAGAGAGGGGCUUUAGAGGAAGAUGAGCGUCUAGAGAGAGGUCUUGAGAUGAGGAGGAGAAAAUACAACAACAGCAAAGAAAAAUGUGUCAUACAGUGAGGAAGAGACACAGACUGUUUUUCUGACAAACGUAUGACGCCACAACAAACAACUCAGUUGUUUGAGCUUUGAAAUUUUUGCACACAUGAUACAAACAGGAAUUCAGUUUUCCUUGAUUCCUGGUGCCUUUGUUUUUAUGAAGAACUGUUCAUGCUUAUCAUGAAGAAAUCUUGUGGUAAGAUAAGGGCUGCAAAAUGUGUCAUCUUUAAAAGGUGUUCUUAUUGUUUUCAGUCUGUCUUAAUGUUAAAGUAUUUUAAGUGAAGUUGAUGUGUUUUUAUUUAUUUAAAUACUGUUUCAGACUGUUGUACUCCGAUUGCACAUGUGGUGAUUUGUGUUUUUGUGUGUUUGUUGUUCUUAGGGUUUGUCUCAUUCUCUUUUCACCUUCUUUUUAUACUAUUUUAGUAAAGGUUUCCUUCUUGUCCAAAACUAUAAGAUUUAGCCAAAAGUUGUGAAGUCCUGCAAACUUUAUCAGAAUAGUUUGUUGUUGCUUUGAAAUACUUUUAAGUUAAACACUUUAUAAGUUGUGAGCUGGACUCAAACCCAGGAUUUUGAGAGUAACAUUUUCAACUUUUUUGAGAUACCCUGAAACUAUUCUCUCUUAUUGCCAAGAUAUAAUCUCAACUGUUUUCUUUUUUUAAAGUUAUCUUGAUAGGUUGAAGCCAUGUUUGAGCACAAAAGAAGCUCAAAGUGAUCUCAUGCUUUAAGUUUGUAUCUGAAGUGCCUUUAAAAAAACAUAACUUAUACAGCUGUGAUGUUUAUUUCUGCUUAUUUCACAGGAUUGAACACGUUUCCUCAUUUCUGUUCUUUGACUGCUGUGUGCAUGUUUUUAGAUUUGUGCUGUUAAAGUGGUACUCCAUCUCAUGUCACUACUGUAAACCUAUCACACUGUUUCCCUAUGUUGUCUUUAUUUAUGAUGUAAAAAUGUAAUGACUAAUAAUAUUGAUAUGUGUUUAAAAAUCAAUAUUGGUUGGCUUACAACUUUGGAUUUGUAGUUUUGUUUUAGUUUCAAGCACAACAAUAAAAAUGUAAAAUCAUGA